AUGAAAAGUUUACUCUGGUGUAAUGUUGAAGAUGACAGUGAUGCAGAGACUUACGGAGAAGAGAAUGAUGAACAGGGAAAUUAUUCUAAAAGAAAGAUUGUCUCUAACUGGGAUCGAUACCAAGAUACAGAAAAAGAGGUCGAUAAUGAAAGUGGAGAAUCGCAGAGGGGGACAGAUUUCAGCGUCCUCCUUAGCUCUGCAGGGGACUCCUUCUCACAGUUCCGGUUUGCUGAGGAAAAAGAGUGGGAUGGUGAAGCCUCAUGUCCAAAGCAGAACUCAGCCCUUUAUGUGGACUGUGAGGCACUGGUUCAAGCUCUCCAACAACUGCCUCUCUCACUCCGACUCAAUGUUGCUGCUGAAUUGGUCCAGACCUCCGUUCCCUUAGAGCUUCCUCAGGUGAAACCAAAGAGAAGCAAUGACAGCAGAGGGCUAGGGAUGCAGUUACAAGGGUCUCUGGGCCCUGCAGGGAGGGGAUCUGCCUCCGAGCUGAAAUCUGCUGCUACCAACUGCUCUCUGUAUCUGGGUCGAGAGAGCUCAAGACCGGGCCCUUCCAAAGCCUCUCAGAAACCUGUCUCUACACCGCAGUCUGAGCCAGCAGACCAUUUAGAAGAGGAACUCGAUCUGCUGCUUAAUUUAGAUGUGCCUGUAAAAGAAAGAGGUGACACCCUACCAGGUCAGACAUCUCAGGACCUGAAAUCGGAGAAAGACAGGAAGGUGGCCCAAGAAGAAGAAGUUCCUGUAAAACCAUCUGUGACUGAAGAAAAGAAUGUGGGAUCUGAACAACCAAGUGCAUCGAAAAAUGUUACCGAGGAAGAGCUUGAAGACUGGUUGGACAGCAUGAUUUCCUAA